CCAUUUCUUUCCUUCCCCACAGACAGACCACACCAAAAUACCUCCGCCACCGCCGCCGUCGCUGCCGCCACCGGCCGCCGCCGCGAUGCUCCGUCUCCGAGAGCGCAUUGUUUCCCGUCUCCUCUCUUUCUCCUCCACAUCCACCUCCGCCCCGGCCACCCCCCCACUCCGCCGCCUCCUCUCCGCCGUCGCGGCCCCCAUUCCCCCGAGCCGAGGAUUCGCCGUUGAGGAGUACCUCGUCGACACCUGCGGCCUCACCCGAGCCCAGGCACUCAAGGCCUCCACCAAGCUCUCCCACCUCAAGUCCCCCGCCAAUCCCAACGCCGUCCUCGCGUUCCUCUCCGGCCUCGGCCUCUCCAGCGCCGAUGUCGCCGCCGUCGUCGCCAAAGACCCGCUUUUCCUCUGCGCCGGCGUGGAGAGAACCCUGGGCCCCGUCGUCGCCGGGCUCACCGGCCUCGGUCUCUCGCGUCCUGAGAUCGCCCGCCUCGUCUCGCUUGCCCACUGCCACUUCCGGCGCAGAUCCAUCGUCUCCAAGAUGCACUACUACCUGCCCCUCUUGGGCUCCUUCCACAACUUCCUCCGGGCGUUCAAGUGCUCACCCUAUCUUCUCGCGCGGGACCUUGAUACGACGGUCAAACCCAAUGUCGCCUUCCUGCAGGAGUGCGGGCUAGCUGCUUGUGAUAUUGCCAACCUGACCAUGGUUAUUUGGGGGAUGCUGACCUGCGACCUGGAGCGCCUCCAGGCGAUGGUGACAUGCGCCGAAGGUAUAGGCGUGCCCCGUGGCUCUGGGAUGUUCAGAACUGCGCUACAUGCUGUCGCAUUCCAAAGCGAGGAGAAGAUCACCGCCAAACUCGAGUACUUGAAGAAGACCUUCAGGUGGUCUGAUACCCAAGUGAGGAAUGCUGUGUCUAGGGCUCCAAUGCUGCUGGGCAGGUCAAAGGACGCACUGCAGCGCAGGUCCGAGUUCCUGUUAGCUGAGGUGGGGCUGGAACCCGUGUGCAUUGCUUAUCGACCGAUAAUUCUCUGUCUUAGCCUGGAGGGCCGGGUCAGGCCCCGGUGCUAUGUUGUAAAGUUUCUCAAGAAAAAUGGAUUGCUAGAUCACGACCUGAGCUUCCAUACUGCAGUCAUGAAGACCGAGAAGGAUUUCGUGGAAAAGUAUAUAUGCCCUCACAAGGAAGCUGCGCCACACCUUGCUCAAGACUAUGCAACCGCUUGCAAAGGGAAAGUGCCAGAGAAUUUUAGAUUUACAUGAACCAGGAGUGGGCUAAGGAAAUCGGUUACUAUGUAUUGCGCAACAAAGUUUUCACUCUGCAUAGUAAUCUGGAAAUUUGGUUGCAGCUCUGGCAACACGCCUACAAGUCCUCUGGUGAAAUAGCCCUGAAAACGACUGAAAUUGUUGCUACUUUGACACUGUCUGCUCAAAGCAUUGCUGCUCUGAACUUUAUGCUUUCCCAUUGUAGAAGCUUCAGUGUGCAAGUUUUCAAAUGAGGUAAAUACAUCACAAGUGCCUAAACUUGUCCGGCGCGGUCAGUUUAGUGCCUAAAGUUGCAAAAUACGUAAAAGUGGUGCCAUGACUUGUCCGAAUGGUGCAUAUACGGUGCCUUUGCUCGUACGCCGCCGCCCAAUAUUCAGUGAUCUGUACUAUUCAAUACAACAAAAUACCAGUUAUUUAUGCAGAACAAUUUAGUUGUCUACUUUACAUACACUGCACACAUUCACUACAUCUCUAACGCAUUGCACUUGCACACAUUCAGCACAAAUAUUCAGUACAGUGCAGUGCACACAUUCAGUACAUCACCUGUCAUGAAAAUUCAGUUAACUGUACAAUCAGGUGUCACCAAAUUCAGUUAACUAUGCGUCAUCCGUACCCAAAAUUCAGUUACAGAUCUUUCUAUUUUUUCAGUUUGAAAAAUCUGCAGAUCUGAGCUGAAAUGACCAACAAGACAAUUGAUCACAUCUGAGCAAUAUUAUAGUCUAAUUUGGACAAGUUAUAUGAGCAAUACGAGCGAAGGCACCAUAUCUGCACCAUUUGUACAAGUUAUGGCAUCACUUUUACGUAUUUUGCAACUUUAGGCACUAAACUGACCGCGCCGGACAAGGUUAGGCACUUGGGGUGUAUUUACCUCAUUUGAAAACUUGCAGCCAGAAACUCCAUAAAUUUGCAUGAUGUCAGUUUAUUAUUUGAUGAUAAAUGCGAUGGUGUUUCUGUGUUCAUUUGUUAAGGGGGUGUAGUAUAUUCAGGGGUAUUACAGAGUUCCAAACUGAGAGCAUUGCCAUCUACGUGCAAAUGCAACAAAAGCAUUAAGUGCCACUUGCCGCCAUAAUUAAACAUGUUGAAAUGCAGAGUGCUGAGGGCUGACUGAGAUACGAAGUAUCCAUUGAUAAAAAAAGUAAAAAAUAAAAUAAAAACCCCGGAAACUAAAUACACAGGGGGAAUGGUAUAAUGGAGCGAUAUCAGUCAAGUUACAGACUGCAUUGUAACGGAAAGGUUGUCUUAGGCAGGCGCACAAGUUGAAGGCAGACUCAACAUCAGCAAGCACAAGUUGAAUUCUUUUGAUGAGACACAUGCGGAUGUCCUGGAGGCAUGGCAAACAUUCCAUGCCUACUGGUUGGUUAACAGAAAUUUAGCAUAGUAGGCACAACUUAUUUGAACUGAAACCUAGCGUCACGAAAUGUAAUAUAGCAGUGGUUGGUUGACAGUAACCUUGUCUGUCUUUCUUUCGAGCUAACCCAUAGGCAUUGGGACUUGCAUUACCUUGCAUUUAGUGCCUGUGGACUUUGUUUUGGUGGUUGGCUGAGGUGAGGAGCUUCCCAAAAAACCUCAAAAGUUGUAAGGUUGUGUUGCAAUUGCCUGUGUUUUCUGGACUAUUUGGAGGAGCAGAGAGUACAUUGUCUUUAGAGAUAAGGGGGUUGAUGAUCCUUUUUGCGUUGAUUCAUCUGAUUUGCUACUGGAUUAGUUCAUGGUCUGUUUUACAGAGAAAGCAGGAAAAUCUAAAUGCAUUGACGUGACGUGAGGAGCAAAGCUGAUCGAGCACAUAGCAAGCGAAAUCUUGAGGGCAUCUCAGGGUUGGUGUCCGGGCAUGCAAAGGCUGAGCAUUCUGCCUUCGCUGGUUGAUGCCUUUCCUUGAUUGACCAUAAGUAGUAUUCUUGAAGUUCUUUCAUUUUGUCUUCUUUCGUUGUCUUCAGUUUGGUUAGUUGUCUCUUAACUAAUAGUCCCUUUGUUUUUCCUAGUCCCUCCGCACCAUAAUAUACAUGUCGUUUUAGCAGUUGAAUUUGGGUUGCUAAAACGGCAUAUAUUAUGGUACAGAGGAAGUAUUAAAUGAAAUGGGAGGGGGAGGCCCCUCUUUUAUCAAAAAGAAAACUUUGAAGCUGCUGAAACUUUUCAGUCCUAGUAA